AGGUUAGUGUUUUAUAAGGAGCUUAGCGCAGAGGGGCACAGUGUGCUACUAAUGUAAUAGAGUAUCUCUCUCUCCCUCUCUCUCUCUCUCUUGCCCUCCUUUCUCUUAUUGUGCAUGUUGUCCUCGUCCAACCAUGGAGUGACCUUCUCUCCCUCUCUCUCUCUCCCUCCUUCCACUCGCCCACCCCGUCCUGUCUCUCUCUGCAGAUGUGGACGACAAGCCUGCAGGUUCAAACAUUUGGGACGGUGACAGGACAACUUGGGGAGGGGGGGACAAAAAACGCCAAGAGGGGGUCCCAGGACGGCUUGAGGGAUGGAGGCCUUCUGGGGAGAUGCAGAGGACGGUAGUGAGGACACCUCAGGACCCAGGAAGUCCAAAAUAAAGUCCCUGAGGUCUCGUCUUUUCGGGAAGAGUAAGAGAACCGGCGAGGAGUUCAACGCCAAACUCAGCCAGUCGACCAGUGACAUCCACGCAGGAGAGACACUCGGCUCGGAGGAAGAUUUAACAGGCCCCCAAGGGACGAUAGGAUCCCGGGCGCUGUCCCACGACAGCAUCUUCUGGGCCGAGGAGGACCUGACAGACGAGGAGCCGGCGAAGGUUUCAUCACAGGAAAACGUUCACAGCAAAAUUAAAGCUUUGCAGAUGAAGCUUCAGCAGCAGAAGAUGCAUCUCGGACCUCCUCCCCUGGUUCUGCCAGUCAGGCGCCAAGAGGAUGUAGGAGGCCGAUCGGGGGACGGCUUUUCCCCUCGUAAGCUCCCUGGGAUCUAUGCAGCGGGGGACAAUACAAGCCAUGGACCCCUCAGCAAGAACACAUCGCAGCCAAGCUCACGCCCGCUUUCGCCCAUCUUCAAACCUCAAGCCUCUAAAUCCAGACCCACCACCCCAUCGCCGACCAUUACCUACUCCACCGCCUCUUGCGAGUCCCCCCUGGACUUCAGUUCCCCGGCCCUGUACACUUCUUUCUUGGACACGUCCGCAGCCCGACACCGGAUGUCUGUCAAGCCGCGAAACCAGAGGGCCAGCACCAAGAGGAGGGUGGUGGAGGUGGACAACCUAAACAACCACGCAGAACCCGUGAUGGAUCUUAGCUUGAAGCAGGACGUGAUGGAAAAUCAUGGAACCAACGUUUUUUGUAGAACAUCUCAACAAUUUCUUCCAAACUCCUCAAAGAUGGACCCUCUCCAAACAGAGGCAGCACCAACAUCUUCUUCUCUACCAGACCAAGCCUUACCUGGAAGACUAUCCCCGAUAUCCUCCCGGGUUCUUCAAGUCAAGCUUCAGAGACAUGGAGUUGGAACGUCAAGCGAAAAACCACAGCCCUCCUUAGAACUGAAAGGAACACCAGGAGAUUCCGGGUUUCAAGUCAAGACCCACGACAAGACCAGCAUCCUUGGCAAGACUGGAUCGACUGAUGUAAAUGACGUCUCCACUAGCUGUGGAUCAGCGGUGGCCAAGUCCUCGCCUGUUUGUCUUCAGGAUCUAGCUGAAGCAGAUGGCAUAAGAGGGAUUAAAAGGCCCGGAUCUGGAUCCUUCCAUUUGUCCAACACUUAUGCCAAAAGCCGCACUGAGGACAGACCCCGAUCGGGCAGUUUUGUGGGCUUCGUAGGGCAAGCGAGACACAAGACAGGAGCUGAGAAUGUAGCUCCUUCAAGCCAGGAGGAACAUAUAGAUCCACAACCCAGACAGAGACCCAUAACGGUGGGAAGACUUCGACAGGAGCAGAAAAGCUCUGUUCUUCCGUGGGAAAGGGACAAUCUGAAAACUGUGGAAUCGGCGACAGUUCCUAAAACCGUCGGUCCGUCAGAGACUGCGGAGGCAAAGGAGGACAUCCAGGAAGAAGACGAAAAAGAAGAAGGGAAGACGGUGUUUGGCUUUAAACUCCGCUCAACAUCCAACUCCAUUAAAUUCUGGUCCGACGGCUCUUCCAGGCGUCAUUCCAAGAUGUCUGAGGAGAAAAGUGGAGCUCUGAAUACACAAGAAAGUGGCGACGCCAUUGACGUGUGCAAAAAGGGCGCUGCGGGAGAUUUCACAGUGACAGAUGUAAAUCCCCCACGCCUACCUCCCACCUGGCCAGCAGAAGCCCCAACAGUCGUCUCCUCAAACCCGUCUGCGGAGUCUCAGUCCGCGCCACAGACCGCUUCGUGCGAGGUGUCCUGGAUGAGUCUGGCGAUAGAAAAGACCAGAAGCCUCCAUCAGCUUUUUGCAAAGCGGUUUCCCAAGGACUUUACUGGAGGGCAGUCUGCGGCGUGUCCACAAACCCCGCCCCAGCCGCCAAAGUCUGGCGAGGUCCUAAAUGGGACACAAAUCCACUCUCACACUGUAAGAUUGCAAGAAUGGGUAGAUGAAGGUGGUAAAGGAGAACCGGAGCAAAGUAAGACAACAAUGAAGACAUGGAAAGAACCGGAAGUCCCACAAUGGGCGACACAAUCCCCCUUGCAUGCCGCUGCCCAGGGUAGACCAUCCCUCGCACAGUCUUACCCUACCUCAAGCCCGUCCUUGUGCAACUACAGAGGUCUCCAGCCGGUCGCCGUUUUACCCAAAUCUACGACAACGUCAACCCAGACGUGUGCCUCCUCGUCCUCUCCAGUGGACGAGGAGAAAAGGACAGUGCUGGAAAAAGAGAGUCCAUCGCUGCUGGGGAAGAGGACAGUGUGGGCGGGGUCGGUCAGCGAGAAGGCCGCCUUCUUGGAGAAACAGGCAGAGUGGACCACUGGAGCUAAAGGGGUGGAGUUGAGGAAGCCCCAAUCGGAAACAUCAAAGGCAUCAGGUGAACCCCCCGCACAGACGAAACCCCCAAGACAAGAUUGCUUCAAACCGGCAGGUGCGUCGUCGUCCACGCAGUCCGAAACGCAACCCACGGCGAGGUUGACGAAAUGUGGUCUUUCAGAGACCCGGAGCCCCGCCAGAGUUCCCCGUGAGGAAAAUUGGAUGCGGAAAAACCCAGGGUCCUCGUCAUCACCCUCUUCAUCACCCGUACUACCGUCUCUGCCUGACGGCGGUCAGCCUUCCUGGAUGGAACUGGCCAAGAGGAAGUCCAUGGCAUGGAGCGACAAGACUAUGGACUGACGAGGGAAACACAAAGUGAAUACACCCCCUUCACAUUUCAGCAACUUUUUGUUGUCAACUUGGAUAUACUUUAGAGUUGUCAGUGAACCGAAGCUCCUAGGUGCCGGCAGCACUCAUGCAGCCCCAAACCAUGAUGCUACCACCACUUCACUGAAGCAUGACACAAUUAUCUUGGCACUCUCUUGCAUUGCCAGAUGUUUAGUCAAUAAUAGCUUGGUGUGAUUUAUAUUUUUCAGUGGAUCGUAAAUCCAUACUGCUAUGCAAGUUUUACGCUGGCUACUCUAAAGUAUUGUCCAUUGGGAAAUAUAAUAAACUACACUACCAUUCAAAAGUUUGGGUCACAUUGAAAUGUCCUUAUUUUUGAAGGAAAAGCACUGUACUUUUCAAUGAAGAUAACUUUAAACUAGUCUUAACUUUAAAGAAAUACACUCUAUACAUUGCUAAUGUGGUAAAUUACUAUUCUAGCUGCAAAUGUCUGGUUUUUGGUGCAAUAUCUACAUAGGUGUAUAGAGGCCCAUUUCCAGCAACUAUCACUGCAGUGUUCUAAUGGUACAAUGUGUUUGCUCAUUGGCUCAGAAGGCUAAUUGAUGAUUAGAAAACCCUUGUGCAAUCAUGUUCACACAUCUGAAAACAGUUUAGCUCGUUACAGAAGCUACAAAACUGACCUUCCUUUGAGCAGAUUGAGUUUCUGGAGCAUCACAUUUGUGGGGUCAAUUAAACGCUCAAAAUGGCCAGAAAAAGAGAACUUUCAUCUGAAACUCGACAGUCUAUUCUUGUUCUUAGAAAUGAAGGCUAUUCCACAAAAUUGUUUGGGUGACCCCAAACUUUUGAACAGUAGUGUACAUGCUGAAAUGUAAAGGGUGUGUUCACUUUUGUGAGACACUGUAUUACGACAUUAUUAGGUGAAUUACUAAAACAGGUACUGCAAAUGAGAGGAUGUUAAAACGUUCUUGAUUUAUUUACGAUAUGUCUGUUUUGGUGAACCACACCUUGAAACACAGGAUUGUUUUUUUUAACCAUUUAAUUCAUUUUUAGGGCUGUCCAGAAGGCUUAUUUAUUGAACUGUAAUAUACUGUAUAUUUUGUAUGUUAAUUAUCGUGUCCUUUAAAAAAAAAAAUCCACUCCACCACUUUAAGAUAUAAUAUACUAUUACUGGAUGUGAUUUCACUCUUACCAAAAUUGUGGUUGUAUAAUAAAACAAAUAUUGAUAUUUACUUAUGUCUGUUCCAGUGUGUAGAUGAAGCCUUUGAAGCACAACCCGAGCCACACAUU